CGCUAUACGUAAUUGUCGGACAAUAACGUCGCUGUCUUGCGCUGUCUCUAACGGAGCGAAAAACGCGCCGCGACACGGUCGAUCGGGUGAAACGCGGUAUCGUCGAGUGUGACGGAACGAUACAUACGGAGAGCCAUGAAAGAGGAGCCGCGCGAUCGUUCGUCGGAAUCAUCGAUCGAGAAUAAUUUCAGAGUAGAGUGAAGAAGAAAAAAUAGAAAAAAACGGGGCCAGGAAAGAAACGCAGAAAGGGCCCUGUGAAAAAACAGAGUGAGAGAGAGAGAGGGGGGAGAGUGAGCGAGCGACGAACAAGAUAAAGAAAAAGAAAGAGAGUGAGAGAGAAAGAGAGAGAGAGAGAGAGAGAGAGAAAGAGAGAUAGGGAGAGUGGGACGAAGUGUCGGUUAUAAUAGUCGCAUAACACGCGAUCCUGGUGGUGGGCACGUCUCGACGGCGCCAUAAACCGUGUGCGCCAUUCGUUCGGCAAAGCAGGUCGUUUCCGCGGAAGGGCAGAUGCCCUUACGCGGUACAUCGUAUCGUUGGUGGUUUCGUUCUUGCACGUCCGGAUCGCCUCAUUUCGCAAGAUCCGGCACGGUUCUAUCGUCCUUCGCGUUUCCACGUUCCUCGCGUUUUCCAUAUUUCACGACGAACUGUCGGCCGCCCCCCCGUGGGGGGCAAUUCUCUCUCUGUCGACGCCGUCGUUUUCCUUUUAUUUCGGAAAGAAUUGUAAUACCUACGGCAAUAAACUCGAGCGCAGUUGCCGAUACGGAUUUAAUUGUAGCGCCGUUGAGAGGCACAAGAAAAAUAAUAACGACGACGACGACGACGACGACGACAACGUCGUCGAAAACACCGAUAACGACGUCGAAGACGGAAGCUACUACGACGACGACGACGACGACGACGACGACGACGACGACGACGUCGACGGGCAAAACCAAAGCAAGAGGGAUAAGAAGAGUCGAGAGGACAAGAACGACGGGAGAUAGAAGAACGAAUAGACGCUUUUUAUUCGGGAUAAAUACGGCGAGCAUAGGGAAAACAACGUCAACUUCGAGAACAAGGAAGUGGAGGAGGACGAAGACGAGAACAAGGAGGAGAACGACGAUAGCAGCGAUAGCAACGCCACCAGUGCGGUCGCCAUCAGCAUCGUGAAGCAGUUGGCUGUACGACGUGAAGAGAAAGAAGGAGAGGAAAUGCUCGUAGGUCCGCGAGCGGCGGUACGAUCAAAUAUGGAGGCUCGGCCGGCCCUCUAAACGCGUUUGUGGACCUUUCCUCUCUGUGUCUGCAUAACCAGCCGCCGUGCGCGCACGUGUGCCGUCGCGGCCAACUAUCGAGUCUGUUGCUGUUGCUGCUGUACCGUUUCUCCUUCGUGCUACUCGACUUCCUUCCCCUUACUUUAUUCUAUUUUCUCUCUUACUAUCUCCCUCCGUCUAUAUCUCUUAUUAGUUUCUUAUUCUCGAGCCUCGUCAAGCUGGAGAAUGGAGCUCCGCGUUGGAAAUAAGUACCGGCUCGGACGGAAAAUCGGGAGCGGCUCCUUCGGGGAUAUUUAUCUGGGUACCAACAUCUCAACUGGCGAGGAAGUCGCCAUCAAACUGGAAUGCAUAAAAACACGGCAUCCCCAACUUCACAUAGAAUCGAAAUUCUAUAAAAUGAUGCAAGGAGGUGUUGGUAUUCCUACGAUAAAGUGGUGUGGCUCGGAAGGAGACUAUAAUGUAAUGGUAAUGGAAUUACUUGGCCCGUCGUUGGAGGAUUUAUUUAAUUUUUGUUCCCGGCGAUUUACUUUAAAGACUGUGUUACUCCUUGCGGAUCAAUUGAUAAGUAGAACGGAUUAUAUCCACAGUCGAAACUUCAUCCAUCGAGAUAUCAAGCCAGAUAAUUUUCUGAUGGGUCUAGGAAAGAAAGGAAAUCUCGUAUACAUCAUAGAUUUUGGUUUAGCUAAAAAAUAUCGCGACGGUCGUACACACAAACAUAUACCUUAUCGAGAAAACAAAAAUUUAACUGGAACAGCCAGAUACGCGAGUAUAAACACACAUUUGGGAAUAGAACAGUCACGACGAGACGAUCUUGAAUCUCUAGGAUAUGUUCUCAUGUAUUUCAACAGAGGUAGUUUACCGUGGCAAGGAUUAAAAGCAGCUACGAAAAGGCAAAAGUACGAGCGCAUUUCGGAAAAGAAGAUGUCAACGCCCAUCGAAGAAUUAUGCAAGGGUUAUCCUAUCGAAUUUGGCUCCUAUCUGAAGUACUGUCGGGCAUUGAGAUUCGAGGAAAGGCCCGAUUAUUCGUAUCUUCGGCAACUCUUCCGGACAUUAUUCCAUGGUCAGGGCUUCACGUACGAUUAUGUCUUCGAUUGGAAUAUGUUGAAAUUUGGCAAUACCAGACAACCGACCUUGCCUUCGGUACAGCAGACACCUAUGCACUCUCAGCCGACAAACGCAGCGCUGCCAUCUGGAACUAAUAACGAACAGGAGCACAGAUCAAGGCCGUACACUCGACAGUGUCUGGCGAACGCGUCGGUCGCAACGAUGGGUCAAACGGUAGGAGGAACGUCGUCGAAUCUGAGAACCAUACGGCAAAAGCGCCGCGAAGCGUUGGAUGCUCACGGUGACCAGGACAAUCAGGACAAGAGCGAUCUGCAAGCAUCGGGUGCAGGUGGCCAAGAACGAAGGGUCAGCAUGCGGUUGCACCGUAGAGAUGCAGCUUCAGCUGCAGGAGAAAUGCAGUCCAAAUCCAAGUAACCGAAAGCUAAGACACUAAUUGUAGAUUGCAAAAAUAGGCAAAGAAGCCACGAAUAUUAACCGGUAAAGGACAAUUGCCGUGGAAAACCGAUAUAGAGUGGAGGAUUUUUUUUUAAAUACAUAUAAAUGAAUAGAGAAAAAAAAAAGAGAGAGAGAGGAAACAAAAAUUAUAGAUAACAAUUAAAAAGAAAAAUAUCUCACCGCGACUCUUCUAUGCUUCCUUUCAAUUUUGCAUCUCUCUCUCUCUCUCUCGCUCUCUCUUCCCCUUCUUUUCCCACGUACGCAUGUACACACACAUACAUACACAUACACGCACAGAUUCAUCUUCUCUUUUCACACCUAUUUCUAUCAUUCUUUCGUCCUUUUCUCUUUCUCUCCGACGUUACGUUUCCUCGUUGGUUUCCAAAAAUAAAAGUACAUUCUAUUGCACUUUUCUUGGAUCCGUGGAAGAACCGAUGAGUGGAUCGUGACGAAGGAGAUAAAAGUGGAAAAAGGAACUUGAGAGGGAGAAAGAGAGAGAGGGAGAGAGAGACAGACAGAGAAAAAAAAAAGAAAAUUUUAAAGAAAAAAAAAAAAAGAAAAAGAGACGGAGAUAGAGUAGUAAAAGAAAAGAAAAAAAAAGUAAAGGAUAAUAAGAUCGUAAAGAAGAAAGGAAGGAAGGAAGGAAAGAAGGGAAGGGUGAUUUGAGGAGGGUAAAUGGGCAGAGGGUUUUUGAGAUAGUUUUUGGUCAAUUACGAUGAGGACGGUGGCGCGCUAAUGUCGCUGUUUUGUGUGUCUUUUGUUUUGGAAGCGCCAAUGCGACGGCAAUGGCCCCACCCACCCUGGUGGCCAGGCGGGCAAGCGUUCCACACAACAAGUGAACCAGCAACAGCAAUAGCAGAAUCAUAAUCAUCAUCAUCAUCAUCAUCAUCAUCAUCAUCAUCAUCAGCGACGUCGAGGUGAAGCUAGCAGCAAUCGUCGACAAGCUACGUUCCUACACGGUCAGCGAUAGGCUUCUUCGCCACGCAGUGAAAAUUGCAGUGUCGUUUGGUGUACGGUGACAACGAGAAAUAGAGACAAAGAUAGAGAUAGAAAUUGCAAUGAGAAGAAAGAAAGAAUGGAAGGGAGGAAGAAAGAAAGAAAGAAAGAAAGAAUGAAUGAAUGAACGAAUGAACGAAUGAAUAAAUAAAUAAAUAAAUAAAUAAAAGGGAGAGAAAGAGAGCAAGAAAGAAAGAAAGAAAGAAACACGCUUGCAAAUCUUUCAAAUGCGUUGUCAACAGCUGCGUUAUCUAUAUAUAAACGUUUUUUUAUUAUUUAUAGGAGAGAGAGAAAGAGGGAGAGAGAGAGAGAGAGAGUGAGUGAGUGAGAGAGAUAGAGAGAACGUCAUAUGUAUGUAUGUAUGCUUAUAUGUAUGGGUGUAUGUGUGUAUGUAUGUAUGUAUGUAUGUAUGUACGUACGUAUGAAUAUAUGAAUGUAUGAAAGUGAGUAAAGAUAGCUAGAGAGAAAGAGAUAUAUAACAAGUACCGAUGCUUAAAGCGAAUCAACAAGCGAGAAAUCUCCCAUGCGCUUUUAUGCAAAGCGAAAUGAGAGAGAAAUACUGAACAAUGUCCAAGUGCGUUGUGUGGUGGUGGUGGUGGAAGUCGAUUAGCUUUUUUAAAAGAAAAAAAAAAUUGGAAGAAAGGCGAAUAUAUAUACACAUACGUGCUGUACUCGUAGUGAUUUUCUAACGUUGGGCCGAUCGUUAAAGCGUACGAUACGCUAUUAUAUUAAUACAUAGGUAAGGUCCCGAUAUGAGAGUAGAAUGAAAAAUAUUAGCUCGAGACUGAAAAUAUUUAAAGGAAUGGUAAACGAGUGUGAAAGAUCAAAAUAGAUUGGCGUGCAAUCGUGCAAUUUCUGGCACAUAUCCUGAAGAGAAGUAUUUCAUAUAAAAAAGAAAAAAAAAGAAAGAAAAAAAAGGAAAAAGAAAGAAAGAGAGAGAAAGAGAGAGAAAGAAAACAAAAAAGAAAAGAAAUCGGUUAUUCGAUGAUAAAAUAAUUGUCAAAAGGGGAUGCGAUAUGUGUCGAGUAUAAAUAAAAGUGUUAUAGUACGCUUGGACGAUAUAGGCUAUGAGAAAAAAACGUACAUACAUCACAAGAAAUUCGAUUAAACGAAAAUACAAAAUUUCGUUUUACAUUUGUAAACAGUAAGACAGUAAUGUUUUCGACGGGUGUAACGUUUUAAUGAACGAAUGAAACAUCGUUUGCAUGUUUACAAGCACGAUUCGCUUGACAUGAUCUUUAACGAGGUAGCUUUGACUCUGACUUUGUCGAAUCGCGACGUGUUUAUCCAACGAGCGCUUUGUGCAAUCACAGAUAGAUCAAAGAUAGUAGAAGUAUCGUUGCGAUUUAGAGAUUUUAAUUUGCCUGUGGAAGCAUCUAUAAAAUAAAUGAAAUACGUGAAAUGACCUUAGAUUUUUUUUUUUUGGUCUUUUUUUGUUCUUUUCUUUUUCGUCGCGCGAUCUUAAAAUCAUUAUUUGUUGUGACUUCAAAGCCAGAGAUCGUUGUCUACCGAUGAACGAAUGUAUCGAUUCACGGUGUCUACGAUGAUGAUGUGUGCGUUUUAAGGGAGACAAAAAAAAGAAAAAAAAAAUUACAGUGAAAUAGAGAGAAUAGGAAAAUUGUAAAAUAUGUAGAUUAAUUAAUAAUAACCUAUCGAAUUGUAAUAUGUACAUAUAGAUAAAGAGUCCAUCGUUGACCGAAACGAUAUUUCGAACUUCGACUAAUGUAUGAGCGAGUAAAAAGAAAAAUAUGCGUAUCCUCUCUGGUCUUCGCGAGCCGUAAUAAAUAAUAUAGGCAUAACUAUGAUGGCAUCGUAGAACGUUAUCGAUGUGGUAGAAGAAUAAUCAGGAGUUUGAUUGAGAUCGUCCUCUGAAAACUAUAUAGUCGAGGGUUUGCUAGUGGUGAAACUCCUGUGUCUCACGAAAACGAUAAUAAAAUCGGAAAAAAACUUCAUUAAAUAGAGCAACGUUGCGAUAUAUUCUCGCUAUAAAAAAAAGAAGAAAAAAAAAGAAUGCUCUAGUUAUAUUAAACAAUCAUACAGAACGUAGUACAACGGUCUUAAGGAAGAGUGAAAAAGUACAUAUAGAUGUAAGAGACAAUUCACUCGGGUUGUGGUAGACCUAAGGGAGACAUAAUCAGUAUAUUCGGUGUGACGCAACACAUUGGUCGGACGUACUGUACAAUUUUUACACACCCCUUUAUUAAUGUUCUUUUCCCUUUCGUUUCUUCUCUUCUCUUCUCUUCUCUUUCCUUCUCUUUUCUUCUCUUCUCUUCUCUUCUCUUCUCCUUUUCUCUUUUCUAACAAAACGUGAGCUUUCACGUUGUAUCACUCUAUCUUAUUUUUGUUCGUUGCUCUCUCUCCUUUAUAAAAUAUAAACGUAAACAAUACUAGGUAGAGACGAAGGCAUAUCUCGGACUAACGAUUUUGUUGAUUAAUUAAUAAAUAAUUAUUAAUUUAAAAAAGAAAAAAGAACAAAAAAGACAAAAUAAAAGAACUCUCUCUUUAUAAAAAUGACCGUGCGUUGGGCGUCGUUAAAGGAGGCAAUAAAAAGCGACGCGAUGAAAACUGUGAUUUGUCUCUGAAAUGACCGCCGGUGAAGAAAAUAAUAACAAGAUAAGAAAGAAAAAAAGUAUCAAGAAAAAGCAGGCCCUUGUCUCUUAGAUACGCGUGUCGUACAUGUCUCUUCGUGUGUAUUAACGUGUUUGCACCAAGAUGUGUAUGCAUGUGGUGUGCAUUUUGUCUGUGUGGUGUGUGUUCGUGCGCGCCCGAGCGCGUUUGUAACUCGCAUGUAUAUGCGAUAUUUCGUAUGUGUGCAACCAGAAAAAGGUAUGAUUUCGAAUAGAGAAAUAAGACGACGAUUUUUGUGGUGCGAACACGACUCUCUCUGCUGUCUGUCGUUAUUGAUAGAAUUUUUAAGUUGUAUACGCCAUUAUUAAUACCGAUGGUUUAUAUGGUAUGAUAUAAAAGAUUCGAAAGCGUUUCUCGGGAAUGAUAACUAUUGUGUAGAUUCAGUCGGUAUUUUGCAAAGUAUAAAAAGGAUAAAUAAAAAUAAAAGAAAAUAAAAAAAAAACGAAUUAAUGACUCGAGGGUUGAAAAUAAAAUAAAGUAAAGUAAAAUAAAAUAAAAUAAAAUAAAAUAAAAGAGAUAGAAAUGGAUAAGAGAUGAAAUAAAAUAGUAAUAAUAUGACAAUAUGAAAAAUAAAUUACAACAACAACGUAGACGUUUAUGAGAGUUUUAAUUUCUUCUUCAUUCUUUUCUUAUACCCAUAGAGAUUGAUACACGUAUUCCCAUUACACUGUAUUAAUCAAACGUGACUAACAUUUCAAUUCUUGUUCAUAAAGACACAUGGCACCUAUUCUUUUCGUUCGCAGAAUACCGACUCUAUGCGCAAUAGAAAAAUAUUCAAAGAAAAUAAUUGAGAUAUAUUUAUUCUUUUUAUACAUACUUAACGUCUUUUAUCGACGAUCUAACAAGUUCCUCUGAUAUUUUCGAUAUGAUCGAAGCAAGAGUAAAUAAAAUUUAUGCUUUGGCAAUAUUAAUCGGGCUUAAAUGAAAUCAAAGUUUAGAUACAAUAGCGACACGCAGCAAAUAUUUUGCUUGAUAACUAACUCACUCUCGUUUAAUUAAUCGCGCUAAAGAAAAUCACGAGGGAUGGAAGUUUCUCUCCCUUCGCGAAGGAAUUCGAAUUAUUCCUCGAUCCCAACAAAAAAAGAAAAAAAAGAAAAAAGAAAAAGAGGUCUCUAAGAAACGAACGUGAAAUCUCUUUGUAAUAAAAUCACGUUCUCUUUCAUAGCCUAUUUAUCCUUCCCACAUCCGUACUACGCGUCUCGAAUCAAUUACAACAUAACUUGUAUCAUCGAGACGUCACGUAGAAAUGAAAAAAAAGGAAGAAGAAGAAAACAACAAAGAACGUGAUAUAAAAAAGUUAUAUAUAUAUAUAUGUAUGUAUAUGUAUAUAUAUAUAUGUAUAUGUAUGUAUGUAUAUAUAUAUUGUACCGACACGUGUUUUUCUAUGUAUUUUUUUCAUAGGUACUAUUAUUACUACUAUUAUUACUAUUACCGUACUAUUUACUAUUACUACGACUAUUACUACCACUACUACUUGCUGCUGCUGCUACUGCUAAUUACCGCUAAUAUGUUGUCUAACCGUAUAGUCGAAUCGUUCGAAACACAAUCUACUGUAAACUGAAUGGAAUGGAUUUCAUCGGUACGCCGAGAACGAACCGACGGAUUCUGGCAUGAUUUCAUUAUUUAUUUUCAAUUUUUAUAAUUGAACAACUUAUUUUUAUUUAAGUUAAUAAAAAGUAUUGAGUUAGAUAGCUCGUUAGAUAGCUUUAUAGUCGUAUUAGAAUCAAAUCUAAUAUCGGUAAUUACAGUACUUUGCUCCUUCAUUAAGAGCUUCUUUGACGAUAUUUAUUCUUACGCGUCGUCGUUCAAUAACUUCCAAUUAUAUUCAUUUCUUCCCUGAUUUAUCUUCUGUAAAUUUAAAAAGUUAAUAUAUUUACAUUAUAAAAGUUAUCUUAAUGAAUAUCGCGAGUCGCGUAUAGAUCUUAAUUUUUAAGUUAUAUAUCUUACAAGUUAUCAUUCGUCGUUUUUGCAGACUUUUUCGAAUCUUUCCAUUUCUUUUAUGUAACUAAAUAUAUUAAAAUUUUAUUUCGUGAUCAAAGUAAUAAGCGUUUAAUCAAAGAAACUUUUCUUGCGACAGGGAAGAAGAAAUCACUGCCAACGCGAGUUAAAAGUUUUUCUCCUUUUCUUAUUUAAUAAGUGUUAUCUUAUUGCCCGAAUCCGUCAUUUUGUCUUUAUGGCUAGUCAUUAAUAUCAUCGACGUCACGAGAAAGAAAGAAAGAUAAAGAGAGAGAGAUAUAUAUAGACAGAUAGAGCGAUAAUUUUUAAGGUUCUUCUCUGGCUGACUGACGGCAAUACAAAAAGAAAAAAGUAAGAAGUAAUUAAAUAUUACAAUAUUCUUUUGAGUUAUAAUGGAAUAUCGAUUGCAUAGAAACCUUCGAACGAAAAGAAUAAGAAAUUAAAAUGAUCAUAAUUAACUUAUGCGAAUUUGAACGUACGAUGAUUAUGAAAGUGAUCUAAGUCAUAUAUUUAUCGUUUUGAGAUAUUUUCAUGUUUGUGGUUUGUAUUAUUUAAAAACUCUUUUUUUUUUAUAAUGACAAGCAAAGAAACAAGUAAAUAUAUUUUUCUUUGAAAAAGAAUAAUUUUCUUUUGUGUAAUUUGUACAAGAUAUUAAGAAUGACCUUUGAUAAGAAAUAUGUACGUCCUUUAAUAUCUGAUCUACGUAGAUCACUUUUAUAAUUAUCGGCUAAAUCAAUGUAACUCACACGAUAUUUGCGCGCAUUAAUGUUGCAUAUUAAUGUUAAUACGUACAUAGACGUGCUUGUUUGGUCGGCCUAGAGGACUUUCGAGAUCUAUUGAAAGAAUCGCUUUGUAGAUACGAAACGAAUGAUCGAUUGUACGAAAUAGAUCCCGUUGGUUAUAACAAAAGGACGUAAAUGUAAAAAUGAAAAUGUACCUUUGAUCUGCAGGAUUUUUAUUUCAUAAUCAUUCGACGAUUCGUUCCGUAUAUACGUACAAAUAUGAGCUAUCCUUUUUGCACAUAAAAAUUAUUUAUGCAUUAUAAAAAAUAGAAAAAAGGAAAAAAAAAGAAUUUUACCAAUAGAUCGAAAUUAAAGAGAAAUCUUACGGAAUUAAUAUUCGGGAUUAUAUCGGUUAUAAAUAAUUGUCGCGCGAUGGAGGAACUCGUAUUAAAAUAAAAGAAAGAUGCGCAAAAAGGAUAGGAGGAUAUAUAAAUCGAUCUAAAUGAAAUAAAGGCGAGGCACAUUCCUCGUGUAUCAUCUUCUUCGUCGAGGCCAUACGACGUCCGUCAAUGAAAUUCAAGUUGAUUACGUUCCAAGAUGUCUCUUCCAGAACUAUGAAUGAAAUGAAAAGAAUCUUGGAAUGUAUCAAUUGGAAAAGUGCGUCUAUCGAGGUGGAAAAAUAAAGAAGAUUAGGGAGUGAAAAAAAAAGAAGAAGAAGAAGAAGAAAAGAAAAAACGAACGGUUUACGUAUGUACAUAUACAUAGAAACGAUUUCGUACGAAAACGAUACGGUGGUUACUAUACAAAUUGUAAUUGUACGCGUGUGCGAAAUGAGAAUAUAAGGUGGAUCGUGCGAGUGAGAUACAAAUGAACGAACAAACAAACAAACAAAAAAGAAACAAAAAACGGAAGAAAGAUUACAUACAUAAGUAAGUAAGUGAGAAUAACGCGAGAGUUUUAAAUAUCCUGAUGCGAAACGAUAGAAUGAAGGAAAGAAGUUCUAACAAGUUGUGUGUAAACUGUCUUUGUGUACUAUAUGAAAAAAAAUGUAAAUGGUUGGAAGUAUUUUGAAGACACAAUCGCCGGAUCGAGACGACGGGUACGUCUUCAAUUCUCUCAUCUCAUUUCUUCGCUUGUACAUAUGUAGUUCGUUUACGCUCGAGAGAAGUAAACUUCGGGUUACCAGCGCUUAUCGUCGUACAGGGCGCGAAUGAAAACAUUAUUAUUUCGUUAUCGUUGCAUUCAUUUUCUUUAUUUUAUUUUUCUUCUCCUUUUUCUUCUUCGUCUUCUUCUUUUAUCUUUUUUUUUCCUUUUUUCUUUUCUUCCUUCUUCAUCUUUACUUCGCACUUGUAUGUCGACGUAAAAUACCUUGUAAUCAUUGAAAGUGAUGAUUUUUAUAAGAUCUUUUGUUAGUAAGCUAUUAGUAUUUUUAACACUUCACUUUCUUAUCCAAUCGAUUUCUUUUUCUCUUUAUCUUCUUCUUUUUCUUUUUAAUUUUUUUUUUUCACGCAACAUUUCGAACUAAAGAGUACAAUUUUUUUCUUUUUCUUUUUUGUUUUCUUUUUUAAUGGUAUACGUCUUCGUAACAAUCGCAAAAAAUGUGCGACUUUAUGAUACCCACAUUCGGUACGCUGUAAGAAUGUAUACUUUUGUCUUAAGGUAACUUUUUGUUCCGUCGAUGAUAUAUUUCUAUCGAUGAUUUUUUUCCUUUUCUUUCUUUCUUUUAUCCUUUUUUUUUUUUUAACUUGAUACAAACGCACAUUUCCAGAGUUAACAUAUAUUCCAUCUUGGAUUAUUACUGCCUUUUAUUCGUAACAAACUUCUUUCUUGCUGUUAAUAUCUUCUGUAGGAUACUUUCAUUUCCGUCAUGAUUAAUUAGAUAAUAGAAAAUGAUAAUUCGUCUUUUAUAGUUCCGGCUUACUUUCUUAGAAAAGAAACCUGUUUUACUGAUUGUGCACGAGUACCGUUACAAAAAAAUAGAAAGUGUUGAAGUUUUUAGGCAAACGUACUUAAACAAAAUUUAUGCUAUAUCAAAACGAUGGAAGAGUUUCCGUCCAAAUAUUAUUUUUGAAAGUUAGCUCCUUUAAUAGUUUCGAGUACAUAUAUGUAUAUAUGUAUAUCCAGAAUAUUAAUCUCUCCUAAUGUCAAUAGCAAAAGAAUAUCUAUAUACCUAGUUAAUUUCAAAAGAAGAAGAUAUAUAUUUGAUGGUUAUUAUUAAUUAUUUAUAAUUAUUAUUUUUUUUUAAUAAUAUUAUAAAACUGUGUUGUUCAGAAUUCUUCGUUAUUAACAAAACAAUUAUAUACUUUGUGACAAUUGUGUGGUAAUCUUUUUCAUUAGAAAUAUUUUAUUUAACACGACAUAAUUACAUAAUACAUAUAUCGUCUUAGUUCUUGCUAUCAGCCAUUUUAUAUCGAGAAAGUCCUCCGCUAGUAGAUACGUUACUCGAUUAGCUAUUUCCAGUGUCUUAUUUUUUAUAAUGAAAAACACUUUACCUCUAUAGUCAUCAGGUGACGAUGUUGGUUCUUCUGAUAUCCAGGGAACGAGUAGAAAUGAUUCUUAGAAUGGUAGAGAGAUAAUCUAGAGACUAUCAUAGUGUUUUAAAGAUGAUCCAUUUUUUGUUUUCAAGGAUAUCAUUUAUAUUUCUUGUUAGCAGGGCAGUGGAUAAGGGUGUAUGUGUGUAUGUAUGUACGUACGUACGUACGUAUGUAUGUAUGUAUGUAUGUAUGUAUGUAUGUAUGUAUGUAUGUAUGUAUUUGUGCGUGUAUGCCUGUAAUCCGAAAAGAUAUAAGAAUAUUUUCUUGGACCAGUCUUGUUGAUACUUUAUCUCAAAAGUUUUUCCAUUGUCCUGAUUCUUCAUAAUCCAUUAAAAUUCAUUAAGAAAUUUUAGCCGAAUAAGUUUACAUGUUGUUUCUCACUACUUAAUUAAUUAAUUCGUUCGUUCAUUCAUUCAUUCAUUCGACCGAUAAUUUUUUAAUUAAUUAACGAUAGCAUUGUCGUCGGCGAACAAUAAUUUCCAAGGGUUAUUACUCCUUUCGAAUAAAAUCAAAGCGUUUGUAUCAGUUUCGUAGGCAGUAAAGAAAAUGGUCUCUGAGAGCUUUUCUUCUAGAUUUAUUCUUCGACUUCUUCUGUUUUUUUUUCUUUUCUUUUUUUUUUCUUUAUUUUUUUAUUUUCCAUUCGAGCGUAAAACGAAUGUAAAAAGUAUUAUGUAUUACUAAUAUAAGGAGAGGGAGAGUGAUCGAAAUGCUUACACGACAAUGAUCGAUAAGAUCGUGGUAGUAGUAAGCACGGCGUGUGUGCUAUCAAAUGAUAAAUAAUCAUUUUACCAAGUUUCUUCAUUUUUGUAUCGUUUAUACUCGAUUAUUUACAUCGGUUACAAACACAUCAUUGAAAGAAAAAGAAGAUUCGUUUAUUUCGUAAAUUAUCACCGAAUCCACAUACAUUAUUAUUGUGUAAUGCUUUUGUGUACUCCGUUCGUGACGCUUCGUGAAGUUUUCUGUGGAGAAAUGAAAACAAAAACAAAAUGACAAAAAAAGAGAAAAAACAAAGAGAGAAAAAAAGAAAGAAGAAAAACCGAAGAAUCAAACAUCAAAAUCCAACGAACAUUAUGAAUAUGCAUAUUAGAUAUCACAUCGCGUUUAAAUAAGAAUUUAAUAACGAUUGAUAAUUUUGGUGCAUUGUGUCCUUGCCCUCUCUAAUCCGACCAUCAAAUCUUACACUUUAAAAUAGAUAAUUAGUUAGAUAGGUCAUACGCAACAUAAGAUUCCAUAAUGUUUUCCUUCGUGCAGGCUGUCUAAGCCUGUAUUGUCCCACCGUUUUAUGUUCUUUAUAGGAGCAAAGUUAUAACGAUUAGGAGCCGAACGUUGUUUUAGAAUGGAAGCAGCUGCGGCAGGGAAACUUUGAAAGGAGAAAAAAAAAAGACAAAAAGAAAUAAUAAUAAUAAUAACAAGAAGGAAAAGAGGGGGAAAAAACGAGAGAGAUAUUUGUGUCGGUAAAUUAUUUUUCGAAAAUGUUUACGUGUAUUUUCGAAAGGGACGGAUCGUCUAAGAAUUUUCUUGCCGCCUGCUUGCUAAGUUCCAGUUGACGAUAAAAAAAAAAGAAGGAAGAAAAAAUUUAAAAAGGAAAAAAAAAACAAAAGAAAAAAGAGAAAUAUAAAAGCAACACAUUUUUUAAAAUAUAACAGACGAUUGAAAGAAAAA